AUGGUUAGUAGCAACAAAGCAUUGCUAUCAGCGGUAGCAUUGGCGACCAUAAUAUUGAUGGUUAUGGCACGUCCUUCUGUCCAGGCAUCGGUUUACAUCACCAAUCAAUUAACCAAAAAAGUACUGAUUGUGCACUGUCGAUCCAAAGACGGCGACCUCGGAGCCCAUGCGGUAGCAAAUGGGUCUACCAUCCACUGGAGCUUCGGGCCCAAUCUCUUUGGCGGGACACUUUUCUGGUGCAAACUCGCGGUCCAAAAUAAGCGUAUUUCUUUCGUGGCGUACGACGACGACAACGUUAAUACCGUCAGUGACUGGAUCGUUCUUGACGAUGGAGUUUAUGGGAGGCCCUAUCAACGUCCGACCUUUCUGAUGGCUGCAUGGACGCGACCGAAUAUAAGUACGUGGAUUUCUCGUGAUCAGGAGAGUGCCUUUACCAGCUGA